CUACACUCUUACAUGUUAGGACUUCCUCCAGCUCCCCACCUCAAUAAUUCAAAGUUAACAAAUUUUGAUUUUCUACUGCUCAUACUUCUUUCAUGUUCCCCCAACAAAAGUGGAAAAAGCUGGUUGUUCAAUUAUUUACUCUUGUUUCUACCUUCUUCAACCUCUCUCACUAGAACUCAUUUCUUGUUCAUUAUUAAAGUAAUGGUUGCAGAAAUAUGAGGGUGUGCCAAACAUGUGGAAGCAGAGGCUAUUCUGAAGCAUUAGUUGUAUGCAGCAAGUGCCAAAGUAUCUCGGAGCAUACUUACUGCCUAGAUAAGUUGGAAGAGACUGAUGAUGGUCAAAUCAGAUGGACUUGUGAAUUUUGUGAACCAAGGGUCAUUCAAUUGUCUGAUUCCACAAACGUCGUUUCAGAUACAGAAACAAUUGAAUCUUUCAAGGAGCUUCAGGAUGAUGCAGAGAAGCCACAUUGUUCAUCAAUGUCUGUGGAAGCUCAGACAGUGAGAGAUUCUGGUACUGGCCCAUCAACCAAUGAAUCUUCAUUCAACCAAGAUUUGGAAAAGAAUCAUAACCUGCAUUUACCCUGCGAAUACUCUGAAGCCACAAGAAUUGAGGCCUCUAAUUCUGGCUCUCCUGAAACAUCAUCCAUCCUCGAAGAUGACUUCUAUAACACUGUAGAGCCACUACCUAAUCCUAUCUGGAUGGGGAAUUUUCAGCUAUAUGGAGAAUACAAUUAUACUGUCCAUGGAAUGGUGGCGCACAUUGCAAAUGUAGCAAGCAAAGAAGCAUCAGAGGUGGCAAGCUCUUUACCCAUGCCACUCUGCGUAGAGGUGGUUCCUAAAAUCAGUAUCUGGCCAAUCAAAUUCAAGGAAAUGGAGCCAACGACUGAUAAUAUUGCAGUGUACUUUUUUCCUGAGGACUACAGAGCUGAAAGAGUGUAUGACUGCCUAGUGGAAGACAUCAUUGAGCAUAAAUUCGCCAUGAUUUCAAAGUGCAAUAAUGUUGAACUCCUGAUCUUUUCAUCUUGUGAGCUGCCACUAGAUAACUGGAGAUUACAGCGGAAAUAUUAUCUAUGGGGUCUAUUCAGGAAGAAGAAAACCUUGCCUCAAAAUCAAAGUGAUGGUUGCCCUUCCAGACUAUAUGGAAACAUUGACCAUACAUGGCCUUCAGAUUUGUCAGAUGAAACAGGCGCUAAGGACCAACACCUAAAGACUGGUUAGUGAUUGGAUACAUCAAAACUCUGCCACUAACUAAAAAACAGAGAUUUAGUUUUCAUUGCGAGAUUUCUGACAAAACGAUGUUAAAGGCAUGUCAAGCAAAAAGAAGAACAAGAAACCUUUUCUUUCCAUGUAUAAAUUCAUCAACAGCUUCCUUUUGACAUAACUAUGAACCUUCGAAGUUGAAACCCGGCCCUUCUCCUAUUCCACCUUUCGCUUCUGACUACAACUCAGAUUAAAUAUUCUACAGAAGCGCCAGCAUCUGCACUAAUAAAGCAAAGUGAAAAUUGAAACAUUAGUCAGCAGAGCAGCAAUAAGUUAUACAAUUAGCAUGCCACGAGUAAGCCCCCUCCCUCAUUUAGAAAAAAGAAAAAAAUACAAGCACUUGCACUAAAAGCACCAUCUUCUACAAAGAAGAAAGCCCAAGCUUGGUGGUAUAUACCACAUGAACAAAAUACAAAUGUCGAGCAUCAAUUUGCAAAUCAGGAUCUGGGAAGGGGACAGACCAGCCAGGAAUAACCUAUCUAAGGUGUGCUUGUAACUUGUGGAAGCUUUAUUAUGAACAUCAAAAGGAAGAGCGGUAUUCAUGCUACACUUCCAAGCUUCACUAGUAGAUUCAGAUCUCUUUGCAAUUAGAACUUGAGAAACAGAGACAGUGGCAAAUAGCAUCACAGGAGAUACUUUGAUGGAUAUAGUGCUACAAUUUGGUGCUAACAAGAAAGUACAGUGCAAGAAGCUAAGCCAAGUAUGCUCCUUGUUAGCUGCUCUAGUGCAUAUUAUCUGGCGUGUACAAGAUAUAAAAUACAAGAGUUACACCAUGGCAGACAAACAUGUGAAAGGAGUGCUGCAAGGUAUGCUUCUGCAAACUAACAAGAGAAGCUACAAGCAAACAUCCAUUAAUGUCAAUAUUGUCCAGCAAAAUUGUUAGGUUUAGCUCUUUUUAUCCGUUUCUUCUACUUUAAAGAGGGCAGAGGAUUGCCAAAUUGUGAAUUAAACCAAUAGUAUAUCAAGGCCAAUUUGGUGCCAUAUGUAAACAAGAACUACUUCUAGAAAAUGCUGAGCUUUCUUUUUAUCA